AUGGAGGUUGACGAUUCAACAUCAUCAGAAAUCGAUCGGGAUCCGGUUCAAAAUCAAGACCCUAAUUCACCAUCUUCUUCUAUCGAUAAUAAUAAUAAACAUGGUGGUGGUGGUGAAGUGCUUAGUGGUGGUAAUGAUGAGCAAAUACCAUCUGGUGCAUCAACACCAACCAUGGCAGAAACACAACAAUCUUCUUCUUCGUCUUCUGUUGUUGGACCAAGACCAGCUCCAUCUUAUACAGUGGUUAAUGCUUUAAUGGAUAAGAAAGAGGAUGGACCAGGUUCAAGGUGUGGUCAUACUUUAACAGCAGUUUCAGCCGUCGGAGAAGAAGGUACACCUGGUUAUAUUGGUCCUCGUCUUAUUCUAUUUGGUGGUGCUACUGCUCUUGAAGGCAAUUCUGCUGCUUCUGGUCCUCCUACUUCUGGUCCACCUCCUGCUGCUGCUGGCAUUCGUCUAGCUGGUGCAACUGCUGAUGUCCACUGUUACGAUGUGUUGUCCAAUAAAUGGUCUAGGCUUGUCCCACUGGGAGAACAACCGUCACCAAGGGCAGCACAUGUGGCAACUGCUGUGGGUACUAUGGUGGUUAUUCAGGGUGGAAUCGGUCCAGCAGGUUUGUCCGCGGAGGAUCUUCACGUGCUCGACCUUACACAACAACGACCACGAUGGCACAGGGUUAUUGUUCAAGGUCCUGGACCGGGGCCACGUUAUGGACAUGUCAUGGCUCUUGUUGGGCAAAGAUUUCUUUUGGCAAUUGGUGGAAAUGAUGGGAAAAGGCCUUUAGCUGAUGUUUGGGCACUGGACACAGCUGCUAAGCCUUACGAAUGGCGUAAGUUGGAACCUGAAGGGGAAGGUCCUCCUCCGUGCAUGUAUGCAACUGCUAGUGCACGUUCUGAUGGUCUUCUUUUGCUUUGCGGAGGGAGGGAUGCGAACAGUGUGCCAUUAGCGAGUGCAUAUGGUCUUGCAAAACAUAGAGAUGGGCGUUGGGAAUGGGCAAUUGCCCCUGGUGUCUCGCCAUCUCCACGAUACCAACAUGCAGCAGUUUUUGUUAAUGCACGGCUUCAUGUGUCCGGAGGUGCACUUGGUGGUGGGCGCAUGGUUGAAGACUCAUCAAGUGUUGCAGUGCUGGAUACUGCCGCUGGAGUCUGGUGUGACACAAAAGCCGUUGUGACAACCCCCAGGACUGGCAGAUAUAGUGCUGAUGCAGCUGGUGGAGAUGCUGCUGUUGAGUUGACGAGACGUUGUAGGCAUGCAGCUGCUGCUAUUGGAGACCAUGUUUUCAUUUAUGGUGGACUUCGUGGUGGGGUGUUGCUGGAUGACCUUCUUGCUGCUGAAGAUCAAGCUGCCGCUGAAACAACAAGUGCAGCUUCACAUGCAGCUGCAGCAGCUGCAGCAUCUAAUGUACAGUCAGGGAGAUUAACUGGAAGAUAUGGGUUUCUUGAUGAAAGAUCGAGGCAAGCAGAAGCAAGUCCAGAUGGUGGCGCUGUUGUGUUGGGAAGUCCUGUAGCUCCUCCUGUGAAUGGAGAUAUGUACACCGAUAUAAGCACUGACAAUGCCUUGCUUCCAAGGAGACCGAAAGGCGUUGAGUACUUGGUAGAAGCCUCAGCAGCGGAGGCCGAGGCUAUUAGUGCUGCCCUAGCCGCAGCUAAAGCCCGACAAGUUAAUGGAGAAGUUGAGCAGUCACCAGAUAGGAGUGACCGUGGGGCAGAAGCUACCCCAAGCGGAAAACAAAUGUCUACAAUUAAAAUGCAAGAUUCUCCUAUGUCAAAUAUCAUCCCUGCUCCUGGCGUUCGGCUACACCACAGAGCUGUGGUUGUAGCUGCAGAGACUGGGGGAGCUCUAGGUGGUAUGGUCAGGCAGCUUUCAAUUGAUCAGUUUGAAAAUGAAGGCAGGAGGGUUAGCUAUGGAACUCCUGAGAGCGCCACAGCGGCUAGGAAGCUAUUGGAUAGACAAAUGUCUAUCAAUAGUGUGGCUAAGAAGGUAAUUGCACAUCUUCUGAAGCCUCGUGGUUGGAAGCCUCCUGUACGCAGGCAAUUUUUCUUAGAUUGUAAUGAAAUUGCCGAGCUUUGUGAUUGUGCGGAACGAAUAUUUUCUACUGAACCAACUGUUCUAAAAAUCAAAGCUCCUGUGAAGAUAUUUGGUGAUUUGCAUGGGCAGUUUGGGGAUCUCAUGCGCCUGUUUGAUGAGUAUGGAUCUCCGUCAACUGCUGGAGACAUAUCAUAUAUUGACUAUCUCUUCUUGGGUGAUUAUGUUGAUCGGGGACAACACAGUUUAGAAACUAUAGCCCUUCUGCUUGGUUUGAAGGUCGAGUAUCAACAAAAUGUACAUCUAAUUCGGGGAAACCAUGAAGCUGCAGACAUCAAUGCUUUAUUUGGCUUUCGGAUUGAGUGCAUAGAGCGAAUGGGUGAGCGGGACGGAAUAUGGGCUUGGCAUCGCAUAAACCGGUUGUUUAAUUGGCUUCCUCUGGCAGCCCUAAUCGAAAAGAAAAUCAUUUGCAUGCACGGUGGCAUCGGGAGGUCAAUUAAUCACAUAGAACAAAUAGAGAGCCUUCAACGUCCUAUUACAAUGGAAGCGGGUUCAGUUGUUCUUAUGGAUUUAUUAUGGUCCGACCCUACAGAGAAUGAUAGUGUUGAAGGGCUGCGGCCAAAUGCCAGAGGUCCUGGUUUGGUUACUUUUGGGCCUGACCGGGUUAUGGAGUUCUGCAAUAACAAUGAUCUCCAGUUGAUUGUGCGCGCACAUGAGUGUGUAAUGGAUGGUUUUGAACGUUUCGCUCAGGGACAUUUGAUAACUCUUUUCUCGGCUACCAAUUAUUGUGGUACUGCAAAUAAUGCAGGAGCUAUCCUAGUUCUUGGAAGAGACCUUGUGGUCGUUCCAAAACUCAUUCAUCCUUUACCACCAGCAGUUACGUCACCGGAGGCAUCACCAGAGCGCCAUGUAGAUGAUACAUGGAUGCAGGAGCUUAAUGCUAAUAGACCACCUACACCAACCAGAGGUCGGCCUCAAACUGCAAAUGAUCGUGGUUCUCUUGCUUGGAUUUAAAGGUCAUUCUUUCUCAGAAAAUUGAUAUUCGGUGACAAGGUUUUGCACCCCGCUAAGCUGGUGCUAGUGAGUGCUGUCUGGGAUUUGUUUUAAUAAAAUCUUAUGUGAAGCACGAGGCAUUGGAAUUCGGGAAAGAAUUAUAAAAUCAACUUCUGAUUUGUUUGUGAAAUCUAAGUAUUCUGAGAGGAGCCUUCUGUUUCAGUUGCAGUAGUACCAGAGGAUAUUUUGACUUGGUAAAUCACAGGUGGCAUGGGUUGCAUUGACCACCCUACAAAGAAAAAACAGCUACAUGAGUCUUAGUAUGGUCGUCCCUUGUAAAUUGAACAACGAGCAAAUGGGAAUUUUACAGUCUUUGUUCUGGUUAGUAAAUGGUAUUUGCUUCAUCAAUUAGGUAUAUUAUUCUUUCUUUUUGCCGUUGUUAGCCAUCUUUUUUAUUUUAUAUUUUUGGGAAGAAAUAUUCAUAUGAAUCACUGCCGGUGUUCAUUCAUCCAUGUAUCAUAUUGUGUUUUCUUGUGUAAUUUCCCUUCGUGGUUACUGCCUGUACAAUGUAUAACCUAACCUCCUAUAUAUCGUGUGAAGAGAAGUGAUUUUUGUCUCUUAAUAUAGUAACAUUUGAGAAACUUGAAAGAACAGUGAUAAUUUUGUUU